UGGGAUGGCAGUAGCAGAAUGCGGUCGGUUUUGUGCAAGUGAAGUUUUUAGUUGACCCUUUGCAAGUAGGAAGGGGUGUAGUUUAUAAGAGAGAUAAGAACAAUUAGAAGAAGGGAUCGUAAUUAGGAAAUAAAACGAAAAGAAAAGGAAAUGCCUCAUUAGCAAUCGGAUAAUAAUAGACGGAAUAUCUCACUUUUGAAAGACGGAGACUCGGCGUUGAGGGAUGGCAACACAGAUGAAACCAGCCGGGUUUUGCGCCGGUCCAAGCCCAGAAUCCACCAUGAUCACCGAGCCUCCACAGAAGAGACAGAGGACGGUUGAAGAUUUCAAUCAGUUCUGCACUUUUGUGCUGGCCUAUGCAGGGUAUAUUCCAUACCCUAAGGAGCAGGAGCCCUGGCCUCGCAGCAGCCUGAGUCCUCGGUGCAGCACGGGCAGCACACUGGACAGUGACAGCUGGGUGUCCUCCCGCUCCUCCGACUCCCACACAGCCGCCCGCCACACCAAGCACCCCAAGGAGAGGGCAGGGGGCCCCAAGCGAGCCCGUUCCGACGGCGUCCUCCCCGGACUGCCUGCAGCCAUCUGUGGGAGCCCUGCCAGCGUGGAGAAGGGCAAGAGGAGGAAACAGUCUGGCAAGACCAUGCCCGGUGAGAAGAAACAGAGGAGGAGGACUGCCGAGGGAGGCAAGAGGACCAGCCUGGGCAAGGUGCCGCCCACCACACCCACCCCCCCUCCGCUGGGGAGUGGCGCAGGUUUUGGGGUCCAGGCGCUGGGGAGAGCAGGAGAACAGCAGGAGGCUGGGCUGCGGGGGCCAGCUGCAACCCCGCUCAGCAGCACCAGGGUGCCUGGCCAGGAGAGCUUUGUAGAGCCCCUUCCCCAACAGGCAGAGCCAAAGCGAGAGUGGAUACCCCUACCCCUUGGGGAUCACAAAGGAACACAGGCGGUGACUGAACGCCCGGUCGUGAAGGAAGAGAGGCUACAGAUGAAGGAGGAAAGGCAGCACUGGUAUAACAUGGGCCGGGUAGAGAAGAACAUUAUGAACUGGGAAAGCAACUGGGAGAAUGAGAACAAAAAAACAGGGAACCACCACCACCACCACCGAGAGGAGGACAAUAUUUACCAGGAGAGUGUGGACUCAGCAGCCCUGGAGUGCAAGGAGGUGAAAGGGCAGAAGAAUAAAGACAACAUGGACCAGCAGAGCACAGACAUUAAAGAACGCAAGAAUAAGGACAACGCAAACCACAAAGAAAAAGAAAAGAACCGGGCUGAAGAAAACAAGCACAAUAUUGACCAGAGAGACAAAGAGAACAGCGAGCAGCAGCAGGAUAAGCUGCUCAUUGACCAGUGUAAUAAGUGCAAUGAUAUUGACCAGGCUGAUAUGAGCAACACUGACCAUAAAAGCAAGGCCGGUAUUGACCAGAUGAAAGCCGACAACGUUGAGCUGGCAAGCAGGGAGAGUGCUGCCUCCCAAGAGGAUAAGGACAUUCUGAAUCUCUUGAACGAGGACAGAGUGGACAGGAAAGGUAAGGACAGCUCUAUCCAAGAUGAGGAGGACAGCCAUAUCGACCAGGAGACGGGCUACCAUACAGACCAGGAGAGCAGCGAUACGGACCAGCAGGACAAAGCUGGGGAGGACAGCGUCACAGACUGCUCAUCUUUUUGCACAGAGAACACGUCUGCAGAAAGCAGCAGAAUGGAAGAGGACGACUCAUGGGACCUGAUCACUUGUUUCUGCAUGAAGCCCUUCGCGGGACGCCCCAUGAUCGAGUGCAAUGAGUGCGGCACCUGGAUCCACCUCUCCUGCGCCAAGAUCCGCAAGUCCAAUGUGCCCGAGGUCUUCAUCUGCCAGAGGUGCCGGGACUCCAAACAGGACAUCCGCAGGUCCAACCGGGCCAGGACCGUGUCCCGCAAGCGCUUCCGCGAGUAGGGGAGUGAACACGGAGCUGGGACAGGGAACAGACAAAUACAUUGAACUACAAUGAGGCGCAUUCUGCUGGGAGGACUGGGCAGGUCCAGCAGACCCCACAGAGGUUCACUUCACUUCGACCUGCCAAGCUCCUGCAGUGCAGCCCUACACACCAUACAAACUGCUGAUGCUGUGUGUUAGUUAAGGGGCCUUAAAAGGGUAUGGAAGUUAAGUUAACCUGGGGGGGAGGGGGGUUUGGGGUGCAGGGAUCACAGGCUCAAAAAGUACGUUAAUUAUUCAGAGGCUGGUAAAGUGGUACGGCCACGUUCUAGAAGACACACUCACACACACCCAGACAAACACUGACACACGCACACCCAGACACACAUGCGCACACACUGACACACGCACACAAACCUCCCUUGUGGGUUCUACUGCUAUACUUUACCUUCUUCGAAGACAAUCAAGCAGAGAAACGACCAAACCAAUGCGAGAACAGCACAGCACAGGCAGGCUGUUUUCACUUUGUUUGGCAAAGGGGCUGGAGCUGCACUUCUUAGAUACAGACUCUUUGAGAUUCGAUAUAGAAACAAACACUGCACUCUUCAUCACAAUAUCGGUACCAUCAUGCUGUGGAAGGCUGCUGACUGUGAGAGCGGCACUUAAAAAGUAAGCAGAGCCAUGCCCCGGCCUGACAGUCAAAUGGAGCCCGAGAUUCUGUGCCCUCUGCUUUGAUCCACUUUAGAUCCUUGGAUGAAGACAGCUGUCAGCACCACAGCAGCGCUGGACACUUUACAUUGUGAGCGCUCUUGGUUUUUAUUGACUUGGUGAUUGAACACAUGCAAUCACAUGAUUGCUUUAACUAACUACAACCUUCUUUUAAUAGCAUUACAAGUUAAUAGCACUAUUCCUCCUGUUUUCAGAAUCUGCAAAGGGGAUUGUAGUGUUGGUUGGCUGCAGUGUACUUCAGUGGGUUUGUUGGUGAAAGGAAGUGUGUGUGUACCAUGCCCAUAGCCUGGUUCUGAAGUGCUUUCCCAUAUCCACUCCUGGCAGUGCCCAGGGUCCACACGCUAGGUAUCCCUGUGAAUUCCAGGGGCUUGACUAGAAUGGAUGUGCAUCACACCGUGUGUUGAGCGGUUACUGUCAGUGAGACUGAUCCCGCUGUGUGUCAAGAGACACAGCCUGUGCAAGUCUAACCACAGAGUACUUUUAUACUUCAUGUUUUCAAAAAGUGGGCAUGGGUGAGAACAGUGUUGAGAAAAAAUUAAUAAAUAACAAGAGCUCUGGUAGA